CUCUGCAUAUUAAAAAGAAAAAAUUCCAUAAUUAUGCAUGGAAUAUCGUUAGUGCUAAUUUCUGUAAAUUUUAAUUUUUAAUUUUUCAGAAAAUUUAGAAAAUUAUGUCCAAAGUCCACUGAUAUCAGUAUCGUAGAUCUGGAGCUAGAUGAUGAAUCGAGUGAAAGUAGCGGAGAUUCAUUAGGCCUUACUUCCGAAGAAGAAGAAGAAGAAGAUGAUGAUGAAGUAGAAAUAGAUGAAAAUAAUAUAAAUGAAUGGUGGAGUUAUUUACCUCCAGCAAAUAGAUUAUCUUCAAAUGCUAAGGCAGCUAAUCGAAAUACACGUCGAGGAAUACUUUACUUUUAGGGCAAAUUUUACGGAACGCGAGCAAAAAUUAAUGCUAAGCUAUUUGAUUACAAAAAGAAAAGUUGCUGUAGGUGCCAGUAGAAUAACAUGGAAAGAGAUACACGAAGAUGGAUAUUUGAAGAAUCGUUCGACAGAAUCACUCAGGAAUAAUUUCCGAAGAGUAAUUUUACCAAAGAUUCAUACGUUUGGAUUGCCGCAACACAUUCUACAGCAAUUUUUAAAAUUGAAUUAAUCAAGUAAAGAAUCAUGUACAA